AUGCAAGUGGUGUCAAAUGCUCGCCGAGUCUCUCGGCUCUUGCAAUCUCCGAUUUUCCUUUCGUCUCAUCUUCGAAGCACCGAAGAACCGAUUCUCUCAGGGCUCACACAAUGUAAUUACCAGCAAGUGAAGUCUGAACCAUUGAAUUUCUUCGCGUCAAAGGCUUUUUACAGUUCUGUAGCUGAUAAUGUAGAAGGGACUCCAACAGAAGCUGUGAAGGAUCUUUAUGAUAAAAUGCUUCAGUCUGUAAAUGUUAAACGAUCCAUGCCUCCAAAUGCUUGGUUGUGGUCAAUGAUUGCUAAUUGCAAACACCAUCACGAUAUUAGUCUUCUCUUUGACAUUUUGCAGAACCUCCGCAGAUUUAGGUUGUCAAACCUUCGCAUACAUGACAAUUUUAACUGCAAUCUCUGCCGUGAAGUCACUAAAGCUUGUGUUCAUGCCGGAGCUCUUGAUUUUGGAACGAAGGCUUUGUGGAAGCAUAAUGUCUAUGGAUUGGCACCGAGUGUUGCUUCUGCACACCAUUUGCUGUUGUUUGCUAAGAACAACAAUGAUAUUAAACUGUUGGAGGAAGUAAUGAGACUUUUGAAGAGGAAUGAUUUACCAUUGCAACCGGGCACGGCAGAUAUAGUUUUCAGCAUUUGUUACAACACAGAUGAGUGGGAGCUUAUUAAUAAAUAUGCAAAAAGGUUUGUCAUGGCUGGUGUAAAACUACGACAAACCUCAUUUGACACAUGGAUGAAAUUUGCCGCCAAAAGAGGAGACACCGGGUCAUUAUGGAAAAUUGAAAAGUUGCGAUCGGAUUCAUUGAAGCCACAUACUUUGGCAACUGGGUUUUCAUGUGCCAAGGGUCUUCUGUUGGAAUGUAAGCCUAGUGACGCCGUUGCCAUCAUUCAAGUUCUAAAUCAGACUUUGUCUGAUGCCAAAAAAUCAGGCAUGAAGGAUGAACUUCAGAAACUUGUAUCUGAGUGGCCUUCGGAAGUUCUUAAGCACAAACAAGAAGAGGAAAGAAAGACAUUAGCAGCCUCUUUGAAAUCUGAUAUUCUUGCAAUGCUUAAUGAUUUACUUGACAUGGGACUUGAGGCAAAUGUAAGUUUGGAAGACCUAAACAGAAGAGAAGGUGUUCCACAAUAG